AUGUCUAAGAACAACAUAUUUAAAGCAGCAAUAUUGUUAAUUUGUGUAUUUAUUCAAAAUGGACAGUGCACCCAUUUAAAGGGAACGUUUAAAUCGGACGAAUUCUUUAAGUUUCUAAUAAAAUUCGGUUUCCAAAAGACUGAUCAGCACCAAGCAGAAUCUAGUCAUGGAUAUAUUUUCGGAAACAUAACUUCUAAACAGCAGUUUUCAGUUCCUAUAACGUUUGCCGUACUUGAUAGGCAGUAUUUUCUAGAUUAUUAUAAAAACAGAGUUAUUUAUGACAAAGAUCAAGCAUGUAAGAGAAUGUUUAGUACUCUUAAAACUAGAGCAUAUGAUAGCAAAUGUAGUAAAGAAGGAAAGGAUUAUUUGAGGAGGAUCCCUUGUACAAAAAAUAAACUAUGCGAAGACGAAGAUAAUCCUUAUCAUGUCGUGAAAAAUAAUCAGUUUACUUAUGUCAUCCAGGACUUUAAACAACCCUCGUAA